UUUGUAAUUUAGAAAAAUGUUUUAUUUUGAAUCUCAGUUCAUUAAAACAGAUGUAACAGCUGUAAAAAUUCUACGAAAUUAUUAUUUAGUUGGUGUUGGAGGUUAUCUACAUGUUUUCGACAAAAACACCUAUAAAUUAAUUACAAAAAUAUACGUGUUUGAAGGGCAAAAAAUUUAUGAAAUUAUUCCUGACGCAGAUGAAAACAAGAUUUUGUUAUAUGGUGGUAGAUAUCUAAAAGUUAUUACGACUGACCAAAAUUUUACUUGCGUUAAUGAAUCUGCAUGUAAAAUUGCUUCAGACUGGAUUUUAGCCGCAAAGUGGACCGAUAAUUAUCAACAAAUUGUUACAGUAUCAAUUCAUAAUAGAUUACAAAUUUGGAAUACAGAUUUAGAAGGUAUUACUGAAAUAAGUAGUGAAGAGAAGUGUAUUUUAUACAGUGCAUUCAUUUACGGCGAUAGAUUCGAAGAACUAGUUAUUUUAUCUGGGACCGUAUUUAGUGAAGUUCUAAUUUGGAGACCAGAUAAAAAUGGAGAAAGCCUCGUUCUAAAAAGACUGCAGAAACAUAAGGGGGUUAUAUUUUCUGUGCAUUACAAUGAAGUUUCGAAUUACAUUUGCUCAUCUUCAGACGACCGUUCAGCAGUAGUAUGGAAACCUAAAAACGAAAAUCUGUUAACUGAAUUAGAGCAAGAGAAUAUUGAAAUAAAUAUUACCUGCCACGUUUUUGGUCACUUUUCAAGGAUAUUUCGAUGUCACAUUCUACAAGAGUGUUUUUUAACAGUAGGAGAAGAUUCUCUUUUAAACAUUUGGACUUUUGAUGGAUCAUUAAUUAGAAAAAUAGAAACCAGCCAAGGCGGUCCCGUAUGGGCAAUUGACGCUGAUGAAAACGAUAAUAUUAUGUUGAUAGGUAGUAGUGAUUGUGCUGCUACUUUGUUUCCUAUAAAUUGUAACUUUGAAGAACAAACAUUAUCAAUACCGGAUAAGGUUCCGAAAAAUUUAACAAUUUUGGCGAAUAAUAACUUGGUGGUUGUUUCUGAGAGUGGGACUAUCUAUUACUAUAUUAAGAAGAGGCUGGAAUGGGUUCAAGUACAUAAACACUAUGAUUUGAAAAGUUACUGUGUAGUGGUGGUGUCAAAGUGUAGAAAUUUAGUUGCACUGGCGGGUUUUCAUGGACAAAUUUACAUUUAUAAACAAGAAAACGACGAACUACAUGAAAUCGUUUCCUACAAAACAAAAACUAAGUCCAGAAUAUUUUCCUUGCACUGGAUAAGCUGUACAACUUUCCUCACCUGUCAAUCUGAAGGAAUAAUGACCGUAUAUGGGUUAAAAAAUAAUAAUGUAGUGCCUCUUUCAAAUUUUAUUUUGCCUCCUAGUAAGGAAAGGUGGAGCACCACUGCCGUAUUCACGGAAAAAAACUUUGUGGUUGGUGAUAGAAAAGGAAACCUGCAUUUAUUUGAACUUGGAAGAUUAGAAGCAGUCCAGACUUUGAAGAAGGUACACAGCUACUUGGGAGUUACCAGUUUGAUGAUGGAAAACAAUAAAUUAACAUCGUUAGGCAGAAACGCUACAAUAAAAACAUUUACUUUAAAAAAUGGAAGGUUACAUUUAAACUCCUCAAAUAAAUUGCCGUUUAUGUGGCUUGCAAACAUUAUUGGAGAUUUACUCUUGGCGUUUUCAGGAGAUAAGUUUGUUUUGUGGAAUCACGAAGCUAAAAGAGUUAUUUUUGAGAAGUCUUGUGGAGGGGGACACAGAUCUUGGGAUUUUCACAGAACAGAUAACAAGGUGGUGUUCAGUUACAUAAAAGACAAAAAAAUUCACGUAGAUUUAAUUUUAAAUAAUUUCUCUCCCGUUGAUCUAAUAGAAAGCUUUCAAGUGAAAGAAAUUAACUCUGUGAAGAUCAUUAAAGUUUUCGAUAACUAUGUCGUUGUGUCUGGCGGUGAAGACACAACUUUAAGAAUAAAUUUACAUACCAAAAAUAAUUUUAUUAGUCUCGUUUCACUAAAGCCUCAUCUAUCGAGUAUAAGGACCAUAGCAACAUAUAAAGUAGUUAAAAAAAGUGGUGGUAACAAUGAAACGUAUUUAGUUUUCUCGGGAGGUGGUAGGGCGCAAAUUAUUUGUUGGAAACUAGAAGUGUUGACUACAGAAAGUGCCGUAAAGGAUGUUAUUUGCAGUGAACAACAUUCGUACUAUAAAAUCAUCGACUGUGAAGAAUCAGAAAUGAGAAUCAUGGACUUAGUCGUGACCAGUAUACAAAACCAACUGUUGUUAUUUGCAGCGUGUUCAGACGGAAACAUCAAAAUAUUUUUUAUCGAUGUGGAUAGUUCUGGAAAAUAUUGUUUGAAGUUUUAUCGAGAUGUAUUUUAUAAACUUAGAUGUAUUUUGAAAUUGUGCAAAAUCAACAUAUUUUCUCGUGAUAUCUUUGCUACAAUGGCGACAGACGGACAGUUAGUUUUUUGGGAUAUGUCUAACAUUUGUAGAAGUAAAAGUGAAAUAAAAUGGUUUCACAGUAUUCAGUCACAUCAGUCGGGUAUAAACAGUUACGAUUAUAAAUUACUAAACGACAAUUUAUGUUUGUUUUUAACUGGGGGUGAUGACAAUGCGAUCGUUUUAAAUUUAGUUCGUUUCCAAAACAAAACUAGUGUUACGAUCGACAAUAUUGACAUUUUUACUGAUAGUGGAACACACUGUGCCCAAAUAACAGGUGUUUUUUUAAGCGAUAAAUACUUUAUAACGGCUUCUAUCGAUCAAAGGAUUGCUAUUUUUGAAUGGCAAUUAUUAGAUGAAAAAUUAAUUUGUAAAUAUAUUACCAAAUACAAUACGGCUGUUGCUGAUUUGCAGGGACUGUGUUGUUUUGAAAAUAGUGAUUUUGAUGCGUUUGUCUAUGGAAAGGGUAUUGAAUAUAUAAAAAUAAAAAAGAAGUCAUAGUUUUUAUUGUAAUAAAAUUUUUA